UCCUGCGCUGUCAAGUCACCCAAGUGAGAGAGAGAGAGAGAGAGACAACUGCGUUCGGAGCCCGCGCAUCGGAGUUCGGCCGUCACCGCCAUUCGCCGAGCCGCAGCAUCCAAGUGGCCAUUGUGUAGGUUAACAAUUCAUCUGUUGUAACAUGCUGUGCGUUCAUCUGAGCCGACUACUCCGCUGCCAGGACCAUCCCGGAGGAGCUGCGGUGCCUUUAAGGGCAUGACGUGUGACGGCACCUCCAGACGUCUUAGUCGGAAUGCAGCAGACCUUCCUGGAUGUCAGAUCAGCACUGCUGCGGGUGAUCCUCUACGGCUGUGCCUUUGCAGAAAUCCAUGUGCGAAGCACACAGCAUGUUGCUCUAAGCAACCACAGCAUCUUUGUGGACUUCUUGUCAGCAAGCAACAAGUCAUCCAUCAGGCAAACUGUCAUCCUAAUGGACAUCGAUCUGCAUAAAACCAUAGGCCUCAAACCUGUGCCAAUGAACCAAUCGGAGGGGACUGUGGAGUUUGACUGCUCUUUCUUCCGGUAUGCAGGAAGUUUUCAGUUUCGACUGCAAGAAGAGGAUAAUGUGGAGGAUUAUAAUAAUACUGACCGGACUCGGAGUGGUGGUCCAUGGUGGAGCGAGGUACUACACGUGCGCUGGCCCAAUUUUCACAUUGGGGUGGAGAGGACCAGCAACAGCACUUGGAGGUCAUUUCGCAUCAGGAUUUCUUCUGAAGAAUCUUUUUGUCCAGGUUCUGUUACCUCAUCGAAAGUUUAUCUGGAGGUCGCUUUUCUGGAAUACAAUCAAGUGAGGUCAAUUGAAUUCGACAAGGUCAAGCAAAUGGUAAAGAAGGAGAUUGCACUGUUGAUGUCACAGUGGGUGGAGCUCAGUUGUGCAUAUUCUAUGACGGAUGGUGAUUUUGUUAAAGUAUCCCUUCGAUCCAAUUUUUCCGAUGUGGAGAUUAAAUCUUCAGGACAUCUGUCUCUUUCUCAGAUUUUUGGGUAUAAGCUGGUAGCUGAUGAGAGCUCCUUGAAAAACUGUGAGACAUCCUUGACAGUCCACCUGAUACCACCUCCAUGUGCAUCCACUCAUGGGAAAAUAAUACUCGUACAAGAUGGAUUUGGCACCGCCGAUAUCCAGAGGUUUCUCGAAGAGGGCAAGACAAAGGUCAAUUUCAACUGCUCACUUUUUAAGUUUGGAAAAAAUAAUUACUGUUUUCAGUUUUUUUCAGAAUGGAGUAACUCACCUCGAGGCUCUCCGCACUGCAAUGUUAUAUCACGACUCAUAGACAUUUGGACCCCUUGGCAAUCUUGGAGUUCUUGCAGUGUGACUUGUGGAGAUGGCAAAAGAGAACGGCAUCGGAUGUGUGUGUCUGUGUCUUCUGGAAAAUCAGACUGUCCUGGUGCAUCGCAGGAAACUUCCCUAUGUUCGCUCGAGGAUUGCAAAGCCAUACAGACCACAUCCUUGGUCCCGAUUAUGCCUGAGACGACAAACACAAGCAGUAUCGUGACAGUGGCUGGCAUCUCCAUCUGCCUGUUUAUAAUUAUCUUCACGGUUCUUGUCACCAUUUGGAGAAAGGUUUGCCAAGCACACAAGUGCAGCUCAGCUAUGAAGCACAACUCAAGGCAUCUGUCCACCUUCAGGAAGAAUUCCGAUGAGGUCAAUAUCUACCGGCAGAACCAACAACGUGAAAGUUUUUGUGAAAGCAGUGUGGUAGGUGCUGAUGCUGCUGAAAAUAAUGUUAUGGACACUUCGGUUUACCAAUUGGACCAGCAGCUACAUCCAGAACAUAGUGUUGUAGCCACUGAGGACCCUCUACCAAGUGCCCAAAAGAUUAUUCCACCCAUUUUUGGGUACCGUCUUGCACAUCAGCAGCUAAAAGAAAUGAAGAAGAAAGGCCUGAAGGAGGCAACACAGAUAUAUCAUGUGUCCCAGAACCACCUCAGCGAUACCGUUUUAGAUACCUCCGUAGUGACCUCCACAGAUAAAGAAAGUGAAGAAGAUACCAGUCAGAACAAAUUCCGCCUUAAAUCCCCUUUUGUGGACACCACUGUGGCACAGCCUACCCUGCCGGCAGCCAGAAGUAAUCCCAAAGCUGGAUUUAUCUUCCCUCAAACCGACCAAUGUUUUCCAGCUCAUCACGGUGCAUCACGAAGCAACCAUAAAUACACAGAGGAUUGGGUGGAAAUGAUUGACUGUGGGUAUCUUAGAAACCCUCAGUGCAAGAGAACUUUCAGUUUCCAUGAAACGAAGCAGACUAAGCCCUUCAGAGAAAGAAGCCUGUCGAGCUGUACGACGCGACAACUGUCCAGCUACAACUCUAGAAACAGGACCCUAGAUCCUACAAGGGAAAGAGGUGUAGUCCGUCCCAAAUCACGAUUAGAAGAUUUGAUGACUGAGAGGAACGUGCCUUGGGACUGUACCGUAUCACCUCCUGGGUUGCCUACUUAUUACGGGAAGGGCAGUCAUCUGGAGACAGGAUUCAACAAAAUGGACCUCUUCAACGAGCGCCAGAUUGGAGUUUGGCCAACAGACUCAGAAAAAAUGGAGGCCAAUAAAAACCGAAGGGGAUCUUCACCUCUUCAUCGGAAUAUCUUGGCUAAGAAGAUGAAAGAAGCUAAAUGUUCUGCUACAUAUAGCGCCCAGACAAAUGUCGCCAUGAGUCCCUCACAGUACAGGAAGAGCAAAUGCAAGAGUCUGCCGUUAGAUCCGGAAUGUACACUAUACGGUAGAUCGCAUUUUGGCCUCACCGAGUCGGAGCUUAGCAUGAUCGACUUGUCUGAGUACUUUGGAGCCAGAGCUGAGAAGGACAAAAUACCAACACCUGGAACUGCCAAACCCAUGCAAUAAAAAUUAGAGAUACCAGAAAGUGAAGCAAAACUAUGAUAUUUGGUGAAAUCCGAGAUAUAAAAAUGAAUUUUCAAGAUUUAAAUUACAAUGUACUGAAACCUAACACGAACCACCAAUAGCAAACUGUGUGGACGGCUGAGAAUAUCUGUAUAUAAUUUAAGGCAUGUUUUAAUAUGUGAUCCCUCAGUACAUAAAGUCCUAAUGUUUUAUAC